AUGCGUUUCGCUCUCGCUCUUCUGUGUGCUACUCUGGUCUCUGCCCUCCCCAGCGAGCUUGGCGGAGAUAAGAAAAAGUGGGAUGGUGACUCCUGGGAGGGACCGAAGGACAAUUCGGUCAAGGUCAUCAGCGGCGGAAAAGGUGGUGGAGUUGGCGGCUCCGUUGGAAGCAUUGGCGUUGGCACCGGCGGUGGUGGCGGCGGUAACUGUGACCCCGUUGCCUGCGACAUCAAGUGCAAGAAAUUGGGCAACCAGUCUGGCUACUGCGACACCAGCGGUUCCAGCGGCCUGCUUGGACUCGACGUUCUUAACGAAAAUACGUCGUGA